AUGGACUUGAAUGUCUUUGCUCCAACCACCUUGUUACUUGUAGCCGUCACUGUUGAACCUCCCAAGCGUGCUGAACCCAAAGCUGUUGCUGAAUCUCUCAUCAACGCCUUUCCUGGAGAAUCUCUUGUUGCCAAGUCUAGCUCUGUUCUGGUUGCUGCCUCAAUCGCUGCCUUUUUGAUCUCCAAAGAGAUCUACAUUGUUGAUGCCGAAACCAUUGAAAUGUUCUGUCUUUUUGGUGCAUACUAUGUGUGGUACAGCAACGGUAAAGACAGCGCCUUGGCUUACUUUCAGGGCAGAAAGGAUUCCAUAAGAAAUGUUUUGACUCAGGCUCGUCUUGACCACAAGGCUGUUGUUCAGGAGCGUAUUUCCCAUAUUGGAAAGCUGUCUGAUGCUGUUGAAGUCACCAAGGGUCUUUUUGAUAUCUCCAAGGACAUUGCCAAACUCGAGGCUGAAGCGUAUGAACUUAAGCAAAAGGUUGCUUUCAACACUGAAGUCAAAGGUGUUCUUGACUCGUGGGUGCGUCAUGAAGCCAAUGUUCGUGAGGAAGAGCAAAAGAGACUUGCUGCUCACGUCAUUGGAAAGAUCAAGCAGGAUCUUACUGACCCUAGACUGCAACAAACCAUUUUGCAGCAGAGCAUUGCUGAUAUCGAAAGUAUGUUUAAUUGA